AUGGAACUAGUGAAAAACUAUGUCAAGAAAGCAAUGCCAUCGCUCAGUAGCGAUCAGAUGGAUACACUCAUGGCUAAACUGGAGGAAUUAGGAGUUCUCUCUGUAGAUGACCUGAGCCUUGUGGACCCGGAGGACAUUAAAGACACUCUGCCAUUCAUCCAGUGCAAAAGAUUCGUCAGAGCUGUCAAAGCAUUGGAAGCAGGUGACCAGCAAUUCAAGAUUGCUGUUGAUGGGUUACUUGUCAAUGACCACAUCACCUCUCCCAUUGUGGCCUUGAGCUACGUCUUCUCCAUGUUUUAUGUCUGCAACGUCCAAUACCCACCGGAGAUGGCUUUUACUCUGGAAUUCAUGCAAAGAGUUUUCUUUGGGAUCAAUCCUGAGCGAGGCUCCAAGGCAGAGAAGAAGGGGAAGAAACGGCACUUCAUUCCUCCACAGGUGUGGAAGCUGGUUUCUCAGCUGAAGGAAUUUGAAUGCAAGCAGAAGGAAUCUGAGUGGGCCUUUUGA